UGUUGGCUAGUGAAAAUUAAAAAAAGUCUGCAAACUUCAGGCCCGUCAACAACAAAAUGUGAAUUGAAUUAGUGUGUUUAACCUUAGUAAUUGUAGGGUACUGUAUUUCUACCAUGAAUAUAGUUACACUCUUAAAUAAAAGCAAGACCUUAUUACAACGAGCAUCAGUUUGUCACGUAUCCAAAGCAGAGUUAAAUACAAGAAGAAAAACACUGAGGACGCGUUUCUGCUUGGAACCAAGAAGGAGGAUUUCUGCAAUUUUUGACAACCCUAAUGCAAUAAGCGCUUUGAGAGAUGGGCCAGAUUACACUUUCCGGGACAAGAGGCCGACACCUUAUGGUAUAAUGCAGUACAAGAGAAUCUGCCAGAGUAUAGAGCACACUGCUGCCAUAAUCCGUUGCAACAAGGAAAUCGAUCUUGCCCUUCAGCUGGAGAAGAGACAGGCAGAAGAUUUUCAAGCUGAGGUUCAAUCCAUUCUUGACAAGAAACUAAAACCCAAAGGUGGAAAGGUGGAGGCUAAAAGCAAAAAAAGAUGAACUGAUAUUAGUAAAGAAGUUAUUGAAGAAGAAAUGUAUGAAGUUGAAAGAACCCUGUCAGAUGGGACAUAGAUUUUGUGUAUAAGAAUCCAUUAAAAUAAUUUGAUUCAAAA